AUUUUUGAAGAAAGAAUGAAAGAGAACAUUUCCUAUAAAAAUGUAACAUACGAAGAAUUGAGAACCAACCAACCAACCCACAACUAUAUUAUUAUUACAUACUGCCCAUUGAAUGUAAAAUAAACUUAAAAGACACUCUGUGUCUGCUCCUGUGUGUGUCUGUGAGUCUCUGUUUCUGUGUGCAUGUGCUUGUCUCUCUCUAGGUUUUAUUAAUACAAGAAUCUUCUCCCUCCUUUUUUCCUCCCGAUGUAGGACGGAGUCUGGGAGUCGCACUACGAAAAAAAACUAUCGCUGGCUCCUCAAGUAGCUCUAGCGAUCAUAAACGUUCACGCUUUUUACGUAGCAGUUGGGGCGACAUUUCCAGCGCCCCAUCGGCGUUAAAUUUGGCGACGCCGAUAGGCCAAUUAUCAGUAAUUUUCCCCUAGCAACCAUAACCUGAUUGGCUAUUUAGCUGCAGGUCAGGGGCUCUUUGCCGAGCGCCCCAUGAGAGAAUGACAUACUGUAGUUCGGCGGAAAUUCGGUUGUCGGUUGGUGUUAUUGUUGUUUAAAUGAUUUAAAAUACAUGUAGGCACACACAUACUAUUAAGUAAAACUGAAGCUGAUUAAAAUAAUAAUAAUAAUAAUAAUAAUAAAAAAAUCCCCUCCACAACUGGUGGGGCGGAGCCCCAGCGCCCCCUAUGGGCCAGCCGCGACUGGUUUCAGGUGACUACCUCAUGAAGAUCAACCAGAGAAUGAUGCCAAGUGUGCAAAGCAGUAAUCAAAGCAAAGGGUGGCUAUUUUGAAGAAAGUAAAAUAUAAAUUAUGUUUUGACUUAUUUCGCACUUUUUUGUUUACAACAUAAUUCCAUAUGUGUUCAUUCAUAGUUCUGAUGCUUUCAGUUAAUUAGAAUUGACACUGAAAUGAAAAUCCUGUACUUUAUUAUGAAAUAUAAAAUAUUUAUUGGUCCAUUUUUUGCUGCUAAGACUAAUCUGAUCCAGUGGGCCAUGGACACAGGACCUCUGGGGAUGUCCUGUGGAUGGUGUCAGUGGUCCUGUGGGUUGCAGGGUGGGACCUACCUAGAUCAGGCUUACCCUCUGAAACCUCAUAGAUGCUCUAUAAGAUUUGGAUCUGGGGAGUGUGGAAUCCAGGUAAACAGUUUACCUCUUUCAUGUUCCCUGGGCCACUCCUGAGCAGUUUCUGGUAAUAACUUCAUUGUAAUUGGAUAAUCAGGAACCAAUUAAAAAGAAAACAUCAUUCAACUAACGUUAUUACAGAUUUUUAUUAGUCUAGACCCAAAAAUAUGUCAUGUCCAUUCUAGUGGACGCAGGAUUUGAAGGGGUUUUAAACUACAUAUAAUUUAAAUUGUCUCGAGCUGCAGGAGGCAGCACCGACUUCCGUCCUGUUUGAAACUCAAAAGAAGAAGAAUUACAACCUAGUUGCGCGAAUUCACCAGUGGAAGCUUCUACAGUUUCUUCCACUCCUCAUCUGCAAGCAUCGGUGGCUUUUUCUCGCUCUUUUGAAAAUAGACCACACCAACUAUAUUCAGUGUUGAAAUUCAACUGGAAACAGCAUCAACAUGACGACUACAAAUGAUGGACCAGCUGAAAUAAAGAUGAAAACCGGAAGUGAGAAUGGGGAGAGCAGUACACCUCCUAAUCUACAACCGGUUGCACAGGAAGAGGAGGCACAUCCGACUCAUUCUUUUGAGUUGCGCUUAACUAACAAGAGUGUCGCUAAAAUCACCUGCAACAAAGCAGGAACUGUUGAGGACGUCCUGAAGAGAAGUUCACAGUUCAGACAAGAUGCAAAAAAGCACAAAGACAAGGAGCUUGUCAUUAUAAGGGAUGGGAAAGCUAUCAGUUCACACUUUCCAUGCAGUUUAAUUGAAAAUGAACGUCUGAUUCUUAAGUAUGUAAAAGCUAUCAACAAACCGAAAAAAGAGGUCAGUAGCCGUGUUUCUUUCCGCAAGGAAGAGCCAUCUAGCAACCUUGUGAUGUUUCAUGUGUUGGUAAAGGGAGGUAAAAAUGUCGUAAAUAUCCUGAAAAAUCCAGCACUAAAAACAGAAAUUCAGGAAGUUACUGUUUAUGCAUACAAAGGGGAGAAAGUGAAGCACGCUCUACAAAGAGAUGGUCAUUUUUUUAGUACGAUAUUCAAAAAGAACUGUGCGCUUUUUGAAAAAAGCACUGAAGUAACCACAGAGAUGUCCAAUCUGGUUGAUGAUCUUGGUGGUAAAACUUUCAAGAUCAUUUUGCUUGAUAAGUCGAGUCCACCAGACAGUCAGCCUGGCAGUCUUGAUGAUGCUUACAUAACGCACAGUGAUUCUCAGGGAUGUGGUCCUGAUGAAAGCCAAGGCCCUUCACAGCAGUCUAUCCCCACUGAUGUAGAGAAUAACAACAGACCAGCAAAGAAACCAAAGCUUCGUCUUGCUACGAAACCAGAAUUUGUACUGCGUGAAAUACCUGAUUCCAAAAACCUGUGCUUGCAAUUAUCUUCAAAGUUCAAAGUCUCAGUGAAAGGCAUGAAAACUCAGAUUCCUAGGCUUUCUCGCAUCCAGAAUCUGCUCCGUGUGGAGUAUGGAAAGAAUUUUGAGACAUGCAAAGAGGUGAAAACAUGGAAGAAGCUGAUGGAACUUAGUGAUUCUGUUUGUCAAGUGAGGAUUAAAGGGAAGCCAGAAGGAAGUGGCUUUCUGCUGUUUGAUAAGUUUGUCCUCACAAACGCCCAUGUCAUUAAGGACAAUUAUAAUGUUGCUAGUGGGCAGCUUAAUGAGAGGGUCACUGUUCACUUCUCCUUUGAUGACCUGGAACAGCCAGAGGGAGGGUCAGUAGUGGUGGAAGAGGUUGUUGCUGGUGAGUACUAUCGUGAUGUGUCACCUUGUGACUGGGCUUUGUUAAAGCUCAGUGCUAAUGAGAAUUUGCCUCGUCCUCUUUCAGCACACUUUGGAUUCCUUCCCAAAAGUGGUGCAAUUUGCAUUAUUGGACAUCCAAAUGGUGGUGUGAAAAAAAUAGAUCCUUGUCUGAUUGUUCCGACUGAGAACCGCACCCAGGUUGUGAAGAGGCAUGAAGUUGAAAAUCAAGGAAACAUUCAGCUGAUAACUUCACAGUUUUUUAAGAACACGGAAAUAUCUGUUCAACAAAAAGAACGGGCUCUAAUGUACGAGUCUUGUUUUUAUCAUGGCUCUUCUGGUUCUCCUGUUUUUGAUAAACACUGUAAUGUUGUUGCAAUGCAUACUGCUGGAUACCCUUACUACAGCACAAAAGAGCAAACAAGUGUCAUUGAGUAUGGCUAUCCUCUGUCUGACAUCAUGGAACACAUGAUUAUCCACAUGGUGGAGAGACGGAGAUUUGAUGUGCUGAAGGAUUUCCUCACUUGCGGUUUUGCUCAAUGUGACAACAUUCUGAGAAAUGUGAAGAAACUGGUUGACAGCAGAAACCGCACAAUGUUUAAAAACGUUGUCAAUAAUUCAUUGAACAUAACUGACACAACUUUGAAGAAGUUGUUUGAAUUUUUCUCUCACACACAGGCACCUGUCCUAAUGGAGAUUAACUGAGGGUGCACUGAUCACUAAAAAGAGUGAGAGCAGUUUUAGAUGUUGGUUUUAUGUGUCAGAACACAGAAGAAAUAAAGGGAUUAUGAUUAAGAUGUGAUAUUAAACUUGUCUAAUUAUUGUUUUAAAAUCAGGUUGAUAAAGGUUUUGUCAAUUUAAAGCUUCUUUCUAUGCAUACUAUACUUCGUUUAAUUUUCAAUUCAAUUCAGCAUCUGACAUAUAUUUGAAUCUGCUUGGACUCGUAAUAGAAACUGAAAUGGAAACUGACUUGUCAUGUUGGGGUCUCUUUUCGAUGGUUUGUUCACCACAGAGCACUCAGAAAUUUUAAUGAAAACAAAACAAAUAUUGUUAUUUCAUCUGAUUUUUGAGGCUGUGAUUUCAUCUUUUGAAUCUUUUGAAUUUUUAUUUUCUGUAUUUAAAAAGAAAUAUCUGUAAUUAAUUACAAUAAUGUUUUGUGUGUAGGAGCCAAAAAUGAAUUGUUGUUUUAUUCUAAGUUUAAGAGGCAUAUUAAUUGUUUUUUUGUGUUUGUUUGGUUAGGAUUUUAAGUUGUCAUCAUCUUAAAUAGAAGGAUGGCAUCAUGUGAGUGGGGAUAAUUCAGCGAAUAUAUUUACCUGUUCACCUGUCUUGACUUUUUUCAUUGUUUGAGAAGGGGUGAGCUGGGUCACUGUAUUUUUUCUUUUGUUGUCUGUUAUUUUUCCUCAAUCACUUUGAUUACUUUGAUUAUGAAUUUGUGCAUGUCAUCAUGAGUUGAUUAUCUUUUUUUUCUUGAAUAAAAGGUUAAAUUUAUUCUUUGGAAAUCUUAGUGAAUUCUUUCGUUUAGUGCGUGGGGGACGCAGGCCCAGAAUCAGUCCCUCAGCGGCUCUUGUUCAUUGAAGUCACAAAUGUGUAAUGUGCUGGUUUCAAAUGUUGGAAUUACAAUUUUAAUGGAAUCUUUCCCGGGUAAAUUGGCUUAAAAAAAUCGUCAUUGUACAAUAUGAUGUUCACUCUAUAUUCAAUAAAUGUUUUUCACUUUUGAAUUUAA